CUCGGCUUCCGUUGACGUCGCCGAAUAGCGUUUGACGUCACUAUAACAACAACCUGGGAUGACAGCUCGAAGAAAGAAAUCUCCAGAAUAAUAUUUUAUAUGAGCAUUUAUAAAGCCACCCCCACCUGAAUGUAAGAUUCACCCUAAAAGUCUGCCAGCGAUCCCGGACGGGCAGGACAUUCUGAGACCUGUCAUCUAGCCAGCCGGAGAGACGGGGAACAGGAUUGGGAAGCAGGGCGAGGCGGGCCCCGCGGAGCCGGUGGAGAAGAUGGCCGGCAGCCCCGAGAAGAGCUCCACCGCACAGGAGCUGAAGGAGCAGGGGAACCGGCUGUUCCUCUGCCGCAAGUACCAGGAGGCUGCUUCAUGCUACAGCAAAGCUAUCAACCGCAAUCCAUCCGUGGCAGUGUACUACACCAACAGGGCCCUCUGCCAUGUAAAGCUGCAGCAGUAUGACAAGGCUCUGGCAGAUUGUAAGCACGCGUUGGAGCUGGACAGUCAGUCAGUUAAGGCUCACUUUUUCCUGGGCCAGUGUCACCUGGAGCUGGAGAACUACGACGAGGCUAUUGGCAACCUACAGAAAGCUUAUAACCUGGCAAAAGAGCAAAGGCUGAAUUUUGGAGAUGACAUCCCGAGCGCGUUGCGCAUUGCCAAGAAAAAACGCUGGAACAGCAUUGAGGAGAAGCGCAUCAACCAGGAGAAUGAGCUUCAUGCCUAUCUGACUAAACUCAUCCUGGCUGAGAAGGAACGAGAGCUUGAAGAAUACAAAGAGAAACAAGAUGACAAUCAAAAUGGAGGCGACGCUGGAAAGAUUGCAUCUAAACAUGACAAAUAUUUAAUGGAGAUGGAAGAGCUCUUCUCUCAAGUUGAUGAGAAAAGAAAAAAGCGAGAGAUCCCAGAUUAUCUUUGUGGGAAAAUCAGUUUUGAAUUGAUGCGGGAGCCCUGCAUCACACCUAGCGGCAUCACCUAUGACCGCAAGGAUAUCGAGGAGCAUUUGCAGCGGGUAGGUCACUUUGACCCAGUCACACGGAGUCCCCUGACCCAGGAUCAGCUGAUCCCCAACCUAGCGAUGAAAGAAGUGAUCGACGCCUUCAUCCAGGAGAACGGUUGGGUGGAGGACUACUGAAGAGACAAGCUUGUAUUCCCAAUCAGUACAACGCACAGAGCCUGGACAAGACAAGACUGUAGAGAGCAGAUCACUCCUUGCGUGGAUUCGGACCUUAGAGAAGCAGAAAAAGCCACACUGUGGACUACCAAACGGGAGCCAAGCACCUCGGCCUGCCUCUUCUCCCCUACCUUUUUGUUUUGUUGUUUUUGUGCAGUUAAACUUCCCGCUCUGAGGCUCGGUGUUAAUGGCCUGCUGCUCCCUUCAAGACCCCGUUCACUCUAAUAUUCUCUUCAUCCUUCUCUCUGCCAUGCUGUUUUGGGUCUGUCUGUUCUCAGAUAGAAACUGUGCUCUCAGGUGCACUCUGCUGUGGUUUCUUUCUCGGUGUCGCUCUUUCUCUGAGCCACAGUUUUCUGAAAGCAUCACAGUCCAGUGUUUCUCCAAUAUAAAUAUGGAGCAAAGAAACAGACAUCUUUGUGUCAGGAUCUGUGAAGACCUUGGCCUUUCAUUUGUUGUCUAAUCUAAGUAUAUUUUUCUCAUUUUUCAUCGCAGUGGUCUCUAAAAUGCCAAAAACCUGUUGUCAAUAAGAUUUACUUGAUAGUUCAGGAGUUUUCUAAGAUUCUAGAAGGAAAAGGGAGCAAGCACCCCUUUCUUCCUGCUGGUGGCGCCUCAUACAUACCUGUCCCCAUCACCUUACUGUACAACCUUGAGUAGAUCUCUUUUCCUUUGCAUAUCAAUCACACCCUGAUGCAGACUAUUGAGGUAAGUUGAAUGUAUGGAUAAUAUGUCUUUAGGUUAAGGGUCAAACCUCAUUGUUUGGAGACAUGUUUUUUAACAGAACAGUUAAAGGCUUCAGGAAAAACCUUGAACUGGGAACAGAAAAUAAAUUGCUGCAUUUAAAAUUAAAAAAGAACAAUUUCACAUUGCUGGAUAUGAAUACUGAAUGCUUAAAUGUUUAAACUUGAGAGAUGAGAGACAUUGGCUGAUUUGGCUGUUGCUGAAGUCUGAAUUCUUCCCAGAUGAUGUUUCUGGAUGAUAACUACUGCUGCCUGGAAUGAAAGUGGACGCUCGCAUCAAGCAUGAAGUACAUUUUCUUCUCCUUUCCCAAAAGCCUGAAGAUCGAAUGGUUGAAUUUAGCAGAUUUUGACAAAUUGUUGCCCUGUCACAAGGAUCUGAGGUUCAGUUGCAUCACUGCCCCAGCAUCUGCCAUCUAACAACAUGCUGGAAGAGUUAGUACCAUCUGUAUCCGUACCUCAGUCCAAGUGUUUGCAUGCUGGAUUCCCAGCAUUUCCUGUAAUAAAAGGAGUUUUCAAUCUAGUGUUUAGUAGUUUACAGCUGAAUGUGUCUGUGGUGACUUAGGCCUGGUGGUUGUGCUGGGGUGCAGGCUUUGUACAUAAUUUGCUGCCGUUAAUCAGAUUUUAUUUCGCGACAGGUUAGGGUUCUGUUUUUCUUUUUGUCUGGAAAAAUCCUAGAGCCUAAUAAACUGUAUUAAAUGUAGAUAUGUUGAUAACAUGAAUGCCUGGUUCUGUUUUCAUUUUGUCCCUAUUAAAUCAUUACCUU